UAGAUCUCUGCGAGUGUGUGUGUGCCUUCCAUUCAUUUUGGCUCCCUCCCAACACAAGAAAGGAAAAGACACGCCUUUUCUCCUCCUCUUCUUCCUCCACCGACCGCGUCUCCCCACCCGCAACACACGCAUUUCCCGGAUUCCCGCGGGAGCCUGCGUGAGAUCUGCCGAUCGAGCGCGAUAUUGGGCGCCAAAUCGCCAUCAAGUAACAAGGCUUCCGGACCCUUCGCGGGGAGGCACUGCCGCACUGCUCACUGGUGGAGUUUUCAUCGGCAUGGGAAUCUCUCACCCUCUGACCGACAAGUACGACGCCCUCCGCGGCGCCUUGCUAUCGCCGGAGAGGACGCCUCCGUCGUCCCCGCCCUCGUCGUGCUGCCCGGCUGACGACGACUACCUGGAGCACGAUGUCUCCAGGAUGGACACGCUCGCCGGCAUCGCCAUCAAGUACGGCGUCGAGAUAUCUGACAUUAAGAGGGCAAAUAGUUUGGUCAGUGACAGCCAGAUGUUUGCACACAAAACCUUGCUCAUACCUCUACCAGGAAGGCCCAUGCCAUCCUCUGUGAGGUUGAAUGGUUCUGGUCAAAGAAUCAAAAGAGCAUGGGCUCCAAACCAUCAGCAAGGCAGAGAAGUUACUGAUUCAUCCAAGCCUGGUCAGCAGGGGACGUCACCUGCAAUGAAUACCUUGCAGAGAUACUAUGGCCUAACAUCUCAGAAAGGGAAUACCAUGGAUUGCAGCACUGAAAUGUCUGUGUACCCUAAGGGCAGCUUCCAAAGUAUUGGCAUGCUCAAUUCCUCUGCACAGAGUGGUGACAGAAGCUGGGACUACCAAGACCCAGUAAAUGGUUUUUCAGCAAUGAAUGGGGCAAACAAACCAAAGCAAGAUGGUUCUAUGCGCCGGCGACAGAAAGUGGAAGCAGAUGGUCUAUGCAAUACAACCGAUACCCAGGAUGGUUUCCUGGCAGACCCAGUUAAGGCGAUCAAGAGUUUGUUGCCGAGGCCAAUCUCCAGUAUCCGUCUAAGCAUGGAUACAAGCAAUCAGAAAAGCAGUAUUCCAUUUCUUAACGGGUUCAAAUCCGUGCGGAAGUCGCCAAGCGCGCCAAACUUUGCGGAUGAGGAGAAUGGGAUCCCUAUGUGGCCGAGUUCAAAUUGGAGCUUCAACCAUGAGUCCUUCACUCGGAAGACCAAAACCGCGUUGGACUGAAAGACCGAAACCGGUGUCAGUGGCUGAGCAUAUUUGCUGUGCCAAUGCUGGUUUCCAGAGCGAUGGCAUCUAACUCUUGUAUCGGAAUUGCUCAUUCAUGUGGUAAAACUGUAGAGCACAUUACUCUCACUCGAUUUUCAGUGCCAUGGGAGCGAUCGAUGGCUGUCCCUUUUUCAGUGUA